UGAACAUAAGAAGUGAGUCAUAACAAGCUUGUGACAUAUACCUAAACCCCUAAAGUGGGAGUCAUCACGUUGGUGCAACCAAUACUAACCGAUUUGAUUCCCUUUCCCACCAAAUCACGUGCACCAUCUGUUUGUACAAAUGCCCCAAACAGCCUCCUUCUUCCACUCCCCAAAACCCAACCACACUUCUUCCCCUACAUGGCCGACGGAUGCAGAAAAUGGGAGGAAAUGGAGGCCGACUGCCUCGUCGCCGUCUUCUCGAAGCUUGCACUCGACGAUCUCGCCGUUUCCGUCCUCUUCGUCUGCCGCUCGUGGUCCGCCGCCGCUCGCGACCCCCUCUGCUGGAGAGUCCUCAACUUUCGCUCCCUCAAUUUCAUGCCAUGGAGCAAAUUUGCGAGGAGGUUUACAGAUCAGAAUUCCGUUACUCGAUUCUCGUUCGCCGGAUUUAUGAAGCUCGCCGUUCGCCGGAGCGGCGGCCUGGCUGCCGAGCUCCGGCUUCCUGAACUGGGAUCGAUGGAGGAUCUGAUUCUAGCAUCCAACGAAUGCCCAAGAUUGAGAACAUUGGCUCUGCCGAAACUGACUUCAGAGAACGAAGCUCAGAUCCCCAAUCUGAUUCCCAAAUGGGAAAACCUCAAUCACCUUCAGUUCGAAUCAAAGCCCUCAAAUUUCUCUCAAUUAGCGUCCGCAAUCAGCCGAAACUGCAAACAUUUCAAAGAAUUAACGAUCCCCUGUUCUUCGAUCAAGAAGGAGGACGCAGCAGCGAUCGUCACGUAUCUUCCGAUGCUGACAUCUUUAAAUCUGAGCCGAUCGUUUCUAUCGAAGGUGGAGCUGAUGGCGGUUCUGGAAGGUUGUCGGGAGCUGGAGAGGCUGAAUGCGAGCGAUUGCGUUGGGUUUGAAGCGGAGGACAAAGAGGUUAUCAGAAAGGGUUGCAGGAUUAGGGUUUUGGAGGUGGAGGGAUCGAAGGUGGAGGAAGAUGGAGGGUAUGAGACUGAUGAGUGUGAUGAUCGGUACGUUGAUGUGAUUUGAGUGGUUCACGCAUUUCGUCGAACAGGAAAGGUGCAUUGAUUUUGUCGGCGAAGCUGGAAAGAAGCUUGGGUGACGGUGGCUUUUGUGGGAUUGAAUAUUGGGACCAAUUUUUUUUUUAAAAGCAUGAAAUUAUAU